GAAUGCAUGUGCUGUUCAACAUCCUGGUAAAGAAAAGAAACUGAUAAAAGACCAAAGAAUUGAUUGAUAGUUGAAGAAGGUAAGAAUCUAAAAACUAAAAAUGCAAGGAGGAGCAAAGAAAACAGGAGAGUCCAUUAAGGAGACAGCUGCCAACAUUGGUGCUUCAGCCAAAUCUGGCAUGGAAAAAACCAAGGCCACAUUUCAAGAGAAGACAGAGAAGAUGACGGCACAUGAUCCUUUGCAAAAAGAGAUGGCAACCCAAAAGAAAGAAGAAAGGGUUAACCAGGCUGAGCUUGAUAAAGAGGCGGCGCGUGAACACAACGCUGCAGCUUCUGCCGGGCACCAAUUGGGGGUGGGUGGACACCACACCACGGGAACUGGUGGGGCUGCUCAAAAUAGGGCAUAGUUUGGGCUGUGAGUCACUGGGUAUGCACUACUAGGAAAAGCAAAAUUAGGGAGGGAAAUUUGUGAUGGAAAAUAUAAAAUUCCUCACAAAUUUCUUAGUCGUAAAAUUUAGUGACGGAAUUAGAAAGAGAUUUCAUGUUUUUCCUCACUAAAUUUCCUUCACUAAUUUUUGUUUUUUUAGUAGUGAUAGAACUGGGGGUACACUCACCGUUAAGUUACAGUAGUAAUACUUAUUAUGUAUCAAUAAAGUAACAGAAGGUGGUUUAGUACCCUAGUGUAGUGUGUGUAUGUUUUUAUCUUAGGGUCGUUGUCUUGUUGCUCCUUUUCUUUUUAGCAAUGAGGUUGUGAAAGUUCCUACUUUUUACGUGGAACGUUCUGUAUCA